AUGCUUCCGAGAGGAAAUCCUUCAACAGCUAGACGAGGUCGCGGCGGCCCUCCUAGCAGGGAUGGCGGUUUCGCUUCGCGGGGAAGCGCCGUUACUGUAGAUUUGCCGUCGACCAAUGCUCAUGUCUCCACCAUCGGCGUGAAACGUACUGGUUUUGGUACUGCUGUGAUUUAUCCUGACGAAGAGAUACUCCCCACCAGGCGAAACAUGGAGCUAAUCGAUCACUUGCAACAGGUCGUCGCACCGCAAAUAUUCACUCCCCGCGCUGUAUAUGACGGCAGAAAGAAUAUGUUCGCCAUGCGCGAGCUGCCAUUCGGAGAGAGCCAAAGGCAAGAGUUCGAUGUACCUAUUGAUGAUCCUGCUCCUGCUGGUGUUACCGCUCUCAAAGGUCGUGGUCCAAAAAUAUAUAAGAUCCACCUGACCUGGAUUACUCAGAUCAAUUUUGAGAACCUCGCUCGUUUCCUGGAGGGAAAGCAAUCACACGAUCACAAUGUACAGACGGCUAUCACGGCACUCGACAUUGCAAUGAGACAAGAACAUUAUUUGAAGUAUUCGUUUAACGUGCGAAGCUUCUUCACUGACCGCGAGACGAAGGACAUCGGCGGUGGAAUUAUCCUCUGGAGGGGAUACUUUCAGUCGAUUCGUCCCGCGAUCGGAAAGAUACUGAUCAAUAUGGAUAUCAAUACUGGCACCAUUUACCAGGAUGGUCACCUCAUUGAUCUCUGUCUUGCUUUCCUCGGCAAAGAAGAUCCUAACUUCCUUGCACCCGAGCGCGGUUUUCAGGCUCGCGACCGCAUUCGCCUGCAGCAUUUCUUGAGUGGAAUCCAGGUUCUUAAAAUGAUCCCUGGUCAAGAGGUUCAGCAGGUUCAGAAUGAACCUUGGAUUGUUAGGAAGCUCACUUCCACUGGUGCUAACAUGUGCACAUUCACCAUGCGAGAAGGAGGGACGACGACAGUCGCACAGCAUUUUCAGCAGAUGUACAACUAUCGCUUGCAGUUCCCUGAUGUCAUUUGUGUAGAGGUUAACAGUGCCCGCAACCGCCGCAAUAGCACCCAGAUCCCGCUGGAGUUAUGCGAGGUCCCCAAGGGACAGAUAAUGCGCAAACAGGUGCCACCUGAGAAGACGAAGGCUGUACUGGACUUCGCGACGAAGGAGCCCCGAGAGCGUCUGCGGAGCAUUGUAAACGGCUUGGGUGUUCUUGCCUACGGUCAGUCAGAAUAUGUGAGGCAAUUCGGCAUCUUUGUAGCGCCCGAUGUGAGGCCGCUCUCCAUUCAAGCACGAGUCCUCCAGCCGCCCACUCUCAAGUACGGUGCUGGCUCAAGACAACCGACCAUAAAACCUCAGGAUGGCGCCUGGGAUAUGAUUGACAAAAAAUUUUGGAAGCCCGCGAAGAUUGACCAAUGGGUGGUCGUCAUCUACGAGCUCCAGAAGGACUUCACAGAAGCACACGCGGGAGAAAUUAUCAAACGGCUCCGGUCAGCAUGCCAGAAAGUGGGUAUGACUGUUGGUAAGAAGGGACCGUUUGUUUCUUGGGAGAAUGGUCAAGGCUGUAUUGGAGAGCAGCUGAAAGCCGCUGGUCGAGCAUGCCGUCAGAGGUUUGGAGCCUUCCCCUCGUUAGUGGUAGUUAUUCUUCCCGAGAAUGGUGAGGAUAUUUAUACGGCUGUCAAGCAUUUUGGCGAUAUUGCUGUGGGUGUCGCAACUCAAUGUAUGAAGGCCAGCAAGUGUAAAGGGGCGAAGGACCAGUAUUUUGCGAACGUCUCACUCAAGCUGAAUGUCAAGCUCGGCGGUAUCAACAUGAUCCCAAAGCCGUAUUCUGUACCAAUUCUCUCUGACCCACACAACCCCACGAUUAUCAUGGGUGCCGAUGUUGCUCGCCAUGCGCCCGGAGCGAGCCGCCCAUCUUACGCCGCCCUCGUCGCUAACGUAGAUUCAAAUGCCGCCAGGUACAUUGCUGACUGCCGCGUCCAGAAUUCACGGCUAGAAUGCAUUGAGGAUUUGGAGAAAAUGAGCGAGCACAUGCUGAAGAGAUAUAUGGAAUACCGGGAGAAGUGCGAAAAAAAGCCAAAAGGGGCGCCGAAACGAAUCAUCUUCUACCGCGAUGGCGUAUCCGAAGGCCAGUUUAAAAAGGUUCUCGAAUGGGAGCUCCCACUUCUAAAGAAUGCUUGCGCCAAUCUUAAGAUCAAUCCCACCAUUACCAUUAUAGUUGUCGGGAAAAGGCACCAUGUCCGCUUGUUCCCUCAGCAUCUCAGAGACGUGGACCGACGUAGUGGUAAUUGCCCAGCGGGUACGGUCGUUGACCGAGAGGUCACACAUCCUCUCGAGCUGGACUGGUAUCUCCUCAGUCACGCUGGAUAA